CUAAAAGCACAAAGAUGGCAGACGUUUUAGUAAAUAUCAAUAUCUUAAGUGAAUUUUCAAACGUAAUCAGUGGCGUCCGAUGCGUUGAUCACUGUCUCCAGAAUGAGGCUUGUGUGUCUGUAUUCUACAGACGGCAACAUCGACGGUGUCAACUCCAUGACGUGCUGUUCAUGUCGCCACAGGACGGAGAACAAGAGACGGAUACAGUGUACUACAGCGUCACAACAGGUGAUUGUCCAUCUGGCUACGUCCACAACCGCCUCCUCAACUUCUGUUACCAGCUUCAUCUUGAGACGAUCUUGUAUGACGAUGGUCUAGCUGACUGUACGUCCAGAGGAGAACACCUUGUUGUCAUUGACAGUGAGAACAAGCAGAACCACUUAGUCAAGCAGAUCACCUCGUCAUCAGACACUAAGCCUUGCAGUUACUACAUCGAUGGGUCGGACGCAGUAAAUGAAGGGCACUGGGUAUUCCAUGAUGGCCGCAAUAUGACGUUCUUUCCCUGGGCUCCGGGCUAUCCCCUUGGCGACAAUAGGAGGGACUACAUGUUGGCUCACAGGAAUGGAAACUUCCUAUGGCGCAAUGCGAUAAAUGUAAACUAUAUGCAUUGUUACAUUUGUGGGAGGGAUGUGUGAUAUGCUGAAUGUUGCAGCAGUGGACAUUAUCACGCCUCCAAGAUGUGAUUAUGUGAGGAAUACAUCCUUGAUCUGUAAUGUAAUGAGUGAUUGUUGGUUAGUUUGUGUGUUUAACGCCGCACCCAGCAAUAUUCCAGCUAUAU